ACGCAUGCGCAUGAGAAGAAGCGCGGAAGUGGUGAUUGCUAAGCUGCUGCUGUGACAACACAGCUGCUACUUAUGGACAAAAGAGCGGUCUGACAUGUACACAGCCACACUGAAGGCUCGUCUAUGUAACGUUCAGGAGCUCUGCAAAUGUCCUGAAAAUGGCAAAGGUUGUUCGGGCUUUAGUUUUAUACCUGUGGAGUGUUUUCCUGCAGCUCAGUGGCGUGUCAGGUCACGGGAUCAAUGAACUGCUGUACUUCAGGGUCAUCAGUCCAGAGGAUAUAGGGUAUAUCUUCAGUGCAGCUCCUGCUAAAGACUUCGGAGGAGAUUUUACAUCAUCUUAUGAUGAGAUCUUUCUCGUGCCAGCAGACCCAGCAGAUGGCUGCUCAGAUCUGGAGGACACAGAAAUCAUCCAGGGACAAGUAAUCCUGGUGGAAAGGGGAGGUUGCUCCUUUGUACAAAAAGCCCGACACGUAGAGGAAGCAGGAGGCAAAGCUGUUCUGAUUGCUGAUAAUGCAGAGGAUAAUGACAGUCAGUACCUUGAUAUGAUCACUGAUGGCAGCACUGCCAAACCAAGCAUACCUGCACUAUUCCUGCUGGGGCGUGACGGGAUGAUGAUCAGACGAUCUCUUCAGAGACAAGCUCUGCCGUGGGCGGUCAUUUCCAUUCCUGUCAAUGUUUCCUCUUUGGCUUCAUUCCCACUCAAGCAGCCCCCGUGGACACUGUGGUAGAAAUGACGCACACCCACAACUCCAUGUACUUCCUCACUCAAUAAACGCUCUUUCAUCAGUUCGUAUCCUGUUAGCAGUGAAGACACUCACAGGGAAAUUCUUCUACGGUGGUUAAACAAACUCACAUGCAGUAGUGGUGUACCAAUGAAAUUAACAUACAUACACAUGAUUAUCUAAAUACACAGCCAAGGGAAUGUGAGUCAAACCUUUGAUCUCUUCGGAAGAGCUGUUGGAUGGGGUGAGGACAGACAAACUCAGCAAGAAACAUGCGUGCUUAUUCUCAGUGAUCAGCUGAAGUUGACUGAAUUAGCAAGUUUUUUGGAAGAUAAUGAAUUUUUCACUCGAGUAAUCUCCAGAAAGUUCUGUACAGAUGAUUUGUUGGUCACUAGUUGCUGUUUGAAUUUGAUACUUCCUUACAAACAGAAGCGCACUGUUUUUUUUUUGGUUUGUUUUGUUUUUUGCCUUGUCUAAUAGUAAAACAUUGUUGUGUAGUCCUCUGAGGGGGAAAAACCAA